AUGGCCGGUAUAUGGCCGGUUGAGUGGGUUAAUAAAUUCCCUGGAUUGAAGGAUGCUCCUAUGUUUUGCAUUGAGCCUAAUCAGAGGGAUAUCAUAAGUUGGAGAGAUAAGAAAGGGAUAUGUAAACAAUUUUCAUGCAAACAGGUGUGGUGUGAUAUAAAUAAUUUUGGAGACAAAGUUACUUGGUAUGAUAUUGUGUGGUAUAGUAAUUGCAUUCCUCGAAAUUCGUUUAUUUUGUGGAUGGCUAUUUUGAAUAGAUUGAAGACCCAUGAUUGUGUCAAAGGUUGGGAAAUUUCUGGUAAUUUACUUUGUCCUUUUUGUGCUAUUACUCCAGAUUCCCACGAUCAUCUCUUCUUCAAAUGUGCUUAUGCUCAACUUAUUUGGAGGCAUUUCUAUAAUAAGAUUGGGCUUAAUCUAUUUGUUGAUGAUUGGAAUGAAUUGAUUAUGAAGUUGUGCAAUUUGUUUAAAAGGAAAUCUGUUGAGAAUCUGGUUAAUAAAUGUGUUUUUGCUAGUUGUGUUGCUUAUAUUUGGAAGGAGAGAAAUUCUAGACUCUUUAGUAACAGGAGGAAAUCGUAUGAGGGGGUGAUUGCUUGUAUUGAAAGUGAAAUACAUUUAAAGCUGUUGGGGUUGAGGAAAAAAGCUAAGUUGGUCAAUGAUAAAGUUUUUAAAGCAUGGGGUAUUUCUGGAAUGGAAAAAGUCUAA